AUGGGAGACAGCCACGCCCAGAUUCCCGUUCCUCCCCGUCCAUCCCUCGUGGACGUGGUCGAGCUCCGCCAGGUUGAAUUUCCCCUGCCAGCUGCAGACGAAGCAUGGCAUCGUCUGGGCAAAGCCCACACCUCGCAGCCUAUCGCCUUCGAAGCUUACACCCGCGAGCGAGGCAUCUAUGAGAAGACCGCCCACGCGGCGGGGCUGCGUCACUUACGGUGGCUCUCAGCCAAGGCCCCGGAUGACCCUGAGCUUGAUUACACGGAUCUCUUGAGGUGCCCUCCGCUGGCGGCGUUUGAGGUGUUUCGGCCUCAGGAGUCUCUGUGA